GUGGAAACUAAAUCAGACAAGAGAAAUGCACUUCACAAAACAACUUCUCCUUUUAAAAUCUGAUGUUUGCUCAUUCUGUAGAGCUGAGACCAGAAAUGACUGCAGGAUCUUUAUGGAGUUGUGUUUUUUUGCUGUUAUUUAGUUCCAUCAGGUCCCUGUGGGCAGCUGAAAUUUCCUGCAAAAAUGAAGAUGGUGACCCAGUUGAUUGGUUUCUUCUUUACAAGUUACCAAAGUAUAUAAGAAAAGAGAGUCCCAGGACUGGGCUGGAGUACAUGUACAUGGAUUCUUUGACACAAGCUUGGCAAUUGAGUAAAUUCCUGAUCAAUAUGACACAAAGUGCCCUGGGGCAAACAUUAAACCAACUUUAUGAAGCUUAUAUAUCCAAGAAUGACAGCACUGCCUAUGUGAUAUACAAUGAUGAUGUUCCUCACUCAAAGCAUUACAGCUGGAAACAAGGACACACUAAAGGAUUUCUGUUCUUGGACAAAUCACAAGGUUUCUGGGGGAUUCACAGCAUCCCUCUGUUCCCUCCAUUUCCUGAGGAGGGUUAUGGAUAUCCACCAACCGGAAAGCAAAAUGCACAGAUGGCCAUCUGUAUAACAUUCAGAUAUAACCAGUUUGCAGAAAUAGACAAACAGUUGUUAUGCUACAAUCCAAACAUCUACAGCUGUUCCAUCCCUGACAUCUUUCACCCUGACCUCCCAAAUGUGCAAAAGCUUUGUGUAGGUUCUGCACUGCCUCUAAUCCCUUGGCGCCACCUCUCCAAACUCCAGUCAGCCCAAGGAGAAAACUUCCUCCACUUUGCUAAAUCACGCUUUUUUGUUGAUGAUAUCUACGUAGCCUGGAUGGCUCAACAGUUGCAGACAGAUUUGUUAGCAGAAUCCUGGCAGCAUGAUGGACAGGAGCUUCCGUCAAACUGCUCUCUCCAACACCAUGUCUACAACAUAAAUCUCAUUAAGACACCAUGGAAUUCCACUUUCAGUUCCUAUUAUGAUCACUCUAAAUGGUGUGUUUCCUGGAGAUAUGAAGAUCAGUGGACGUGCAUUGGAGACUUAAACCGUGCUCCUCAACAGGCUUGGAGAAGCGGUGGAUUCAUUUGUACCCAGAAUCCGUACAUUUACAAAGCUUUGAGACACGUGAUCUUCCAUUACCAUAGCUGUAAUAACUCCCGAAGAUGGAUAUGAAUGAACCACAGUUCUCAAACACUGUAUGCACCUAUUACAUAGAGUAUGGAGAUUCCCCUCCAAUUCUGCUCUGAAAAACGGCAUUGUAAGGUUCUGUGUUUUUCGCCUCUUGAAUCAUUUCUACAAUAAAAGUGCUCAGCUUUUUACAAGUAAAAAAUUUGGAUUUUUUUCUAGCUUCUAGCCCAGUAAGCACAAUCAGGACUCUGAGAGUCAAGCUUUAGUGUUUCCUUCUUUGACCUUUUCAACAAUAGGUUCUGCUUGUCACACAUACACAACCCCAUUGCCUUUGGUGUGUGCAUGGAUGUAACUGAUUGGUGCUUAGUAAGCAAUGCCACUGAUGAGGCGUCAAAAGGAACAGAAUCCAGCUCACUCUUCAUAAGCUAUUUUGGUUGUGCAGGAUUAAAGGGUGUAAUAAACACUGCUGUAUAUAUUUGUCACCUGUGGCCUGCUCAGGUGAAGUUAAUGAGAAGUCACUGAAGUCAAUGAGAGUCUUUUCAUUGACUUCAGUGGGACCUGGAUCGUGUCCUAGACUUAACAAACAUGUCUGAAUGCAGACAAGGAGGCAAGCAGACCUGUGGAGUAAAAGGUGCUAGUUUUACACUUACUUUUUAGAGAAGAAAGACACUUUAAACCAUAAUUUCUCAAUUUUUCAGAGGUGAUUUUAGUGCAUGAAGAAGUUACUCACUUUGUGCAGUAAUGAUGGUUCUUUGAGCUGUGUCCCCCUAUGGGUGCUCUACUCUAGGUGUGUUUGUGUCCCUGCGCUGCUGAUUGGAGAACUUUGGUAGCAGUAUCCAUUGUGACCACACAUGCGCUCUCUCUCCUUGUGCUGUGCCACUAGGCUAGUCAGCUCGUCCAGGCUAACCAUCCUCAAUUCCUUCUCUACCACCGAGUCAUAAAUGAGAACUCCAAAGUAGAAGGGAGGAGAGUAGAUUGUGGAGCUCUCACAGGGGGACACAUCUUGAACAACCAUUGUUACUGCACAAGGUGAGUAACCUCUUAUUCAAGUAGUGUCCCUAUGAGUGUUCCAUGAUAGGUGACUACUAAGCAGUACCCCUCCUGGAGGGCUAGGCUUUGGAGUUAAGUCUGUUACAGAGGACAAUACUGUGGAACUGAAAAUGGCAUCAGAAGCAGAGUCCCCAGUGAUCACAUAGUAUUCUGCAAAGGUGCAGACAUGCCCAUGUCGCCACCCUGCAGAUCUCUGAGAUAGGGACAUCCUUAAGGAAGGCAACAGAUGAGGAGAUUGAUCUUGUGGAAUGUGUACUGAUCAAGGCAGGAGGAGUCAUGUUAUGAAUUUGGUAGCACUGUCUGAUGCAAUUCAAGAUCCAUUUAGAGAGUCUUUGGGCUGAUAUUGCUGAGCCCUUGGAUAUUUCAGCCAUAGAAAGGAAAAGUCUAAGGGACUUACUUCCUAAAGGCUUUUGUCCUAUUGAGGUAGAAUGCCAGGGCUCCCCUAACACCUAAGGUGUGCAGUAUAGCGUCCCUAUUGUCUUGGAGAGGCUUGGGGUAGAACAUAGGAAGGUGGAUUGACUGACUCAUGUGAAAAGGGGAGGUUACCUUAGGGAGGAACCGUGGAUGCGGCCUGAGUGUAACCUUGUCUGGAAAGAAUGCUGAUUGGAAUGUAUAGGGGGAUGCACCAUCAAAGCUACCAGUGGCACUGACUUUCUAAUCUGCCUGGGAGUGCUCAACCCUCCAGCUCUGCCCCCGCUCCCACUCCACCCUUUUCCCUGAAGCCUCCACCUCUUCCUGCCCACAUCCCAACACUGCUCCACCCUGCCCUUUCCUGCCCUGCUCCACCCCCAUCUCUUCCUGCCCUCGCUCCUCCCUCUAUCCCCAUUUCCCCCUCUGCACACCACGUAACAGCUGAUUCACACGAGCUGGAGGCACUGAGAGGGAGGUGGAGGUGCUUAUUGGAAGGGCCACUGGCAGGAAGGAGACACUGGGGGGGGAAGGUGGGGAGCUGGCCAUCGAUGAGUGCUCAGAACCCACCAUUUGUUCCCUGUGGGAGCUCCAGCUCUGGAAGAAAACAGAGUCAGUGCCUAUGAAAGCUGCUAUCUCCCCUAUUCUUCUAGCCAAAGUAAUUGCUAUCAGAAAGGCUGUUUACAUUGAUAGAUACGUUAGUGAACAGGUGGCCAUGGGAUCAAAGAGGGGUCUAAUCAGCCCAUUCAGUACCAGGGUUUAGGUCCCAUGAGAGGGUAGAGGGUUGAGGUUGAGGGAAGAGGUUUAUUAUACCCUUAAGGAAGCUUGUAGUGGUUGGGUGCAAUAGUAUCGAGUAUUCCUCUAUGGCUGGUGAAAAGCUGUAAUCCGUGCUAGGUGGACCCUAAGAGAACUCAGGGAUAACCCCAAUUUGUAAAGGGUCAGAGCAUAUUCCAGAAUAUGGGAAAGAGUUGCUGACACUGGAGAGAUUGUUGGGGCAUGCACCCAAAUCUGAAACGUGGACCAUUUCUGCAGGUAAGUCAGUCAUGUGGAGGACUUUCUAUUGUGUAGUAGAACCUCUUUCACUUCCUUUGUGCAUGAGCUUUCUAGGUGGUGGAACCACUCAGGAGCCAUGCUUUGAGGCAGGAAUCCCAAGUUGGGAUGUAGGGUAUGUGCUUUUUCCUGCAAGAGGAGGUGCAGAAUGGUCGGAAAGGAGAUCAAUGGGCACCCCACAAGCUGUGUCAGGUAAGGGUACCAGGUCUGUCUCACCCAAAUAGGAGCUAUCAGGAUUCCGUGAUCUCCAUCCCU